AUGGGCAGUAAUGACUACUUAAACAACUAUUUCCAGCCGGAAUAUUACAACACAAGCAAAAGGUAUACCCUGAGAGACUAUUCCAGCGUUCUUAUGGACCAGUACUUUGAGCAAUUAAUGACUCUUUAUAAUUACGGAGCAAGGAAAAUUGCGGUGUUUGGACUGGGACGACUAGGUUGCGCUCCUCGCGCAAUUGAGUUAUACAGCACAAAUGGCACCGUAUCAUGCUCAUCAAAAUUGAACCUUGCAUCCAGCCUUUUCAACAGGAGACUUAUAAGACUUACCCGUCGACUAAAUAAAGACCUAGACGAUGCACAAUUCACUUAUGUAAACGUUUCUGGGAUAGGAGAGGGCGAUCCUGCUCAACUUGGUUUCAAGGUUGCAACAUCGUCAUGCUGUAAAGUGAGGGAGGAUGGUCAAUGUAUUCCUGACGAAAAACCUUGCGCUAACAGGAGUGAAUAUGCAUUCUGGGACUCCUUCCAUCCAACAGAGGCUGCAAACAGAGUAACAGCAGCAAGAGCAUACAGUUCUUAUCUUCCUUCUGAUUCUGAACCAUUUGAUAUCCAUCAUUUAGUUGAGCUUGAUCUAGGAAAUCAAACCAAAUCAUAA